AUGAUUACUGACCCCAAACUUUUUGCUCAGGCCCCUCCUUCGAUGCAAGCCAAGAUUUCCCCUAGUUCUGAUUCAUACGUCAUCUCUGUCCUGUCUUCAGGUGAUUAUCUCUGUGUGUCGUCUGCGGCUCACAUCUCACGUAGAAGAAACGGAGUGACUGAUGUCAACAUGACCUCAAGCUCUGGCGGCGAUCAGACACAGUCCUCUACUAACAUCUCCAACAGCACUGAGCCAACGCCGCACACAGACACAACAACAGGUACGACAUUUACUUACUCUGGAGGAACGGCGAGCUGUGAGAGACGUCUUCACGCUGACACAACCGAAGAACAGACGCAUCUUUGUGGAUUCGCCAGGCUUUUGCGUCUCUGCAGAAACGCUCAAGCACACAAACACACACUAUUUACAUAUUUUCCAGAAAGUGCGCUAGUAUUAUUCUCUCUCUCUUUCUCCGUUUUGGUUCUUAUAGACAAUAGCAAAGUGUCCACUGACCCGCUGCUUGCUGGACUGGUGUCAGCGUUCGUCGUCGUCGCUGCCAUCGUGUCGGUCCUCAUAUUCCUCAAAUUCAGAAACACAAGUGACGGUCCAGAGUUUCACAGACUUCAAGACCUCCCCAUGGAUGAUAUGCUGGAGGACGCGCCUCUCUCCAUGUACAGCUACUGAAAACCCAGAUGUUCCUCAGACAUCUUCAGAGCGCCCAACAUCCUCUGAUCAACACAACACACACAGACACAAUUAAAUGGCUGAUGUGCUUCAUAGAGGCACAAACACUUCUGUUCUGUUACAGGACUAAAUGUAGCGUAAUACUCCACUUUAGUUGUUAAAUUCACCGUGGCCGUCAGUUCCUGUUCGUUGGGAAGUUUUCUUGCACUUUACGUGGGGUUUGGAAGGGCUGUGUGCUGCAGGAAUAUUUGGGAGUAGAAUGUAGAAACAAUUUUGGAUGCCCUGAGGGUGAGCAAAUGUUCAUUUUUUGGUGAAUUAUUCCUUGAAAGAAAUGUUCCAAGUUCAAUACAAGUUGUCGAUCACCACACAAAAUUUCAACCUCUAUCUCAGUCAGCAACAAUCAUGUUUACAGUAAUACACUUAUAGUGCAAGUCUGUGGGGUACCAGAAUAAACAUUAAAAAAAGCAUUUUCUACAGUACAGCCACAAGACUUAAACAAUAUUCAUGUUAACAUGACACUAAUGUGAUAAUAGUCUACUAAGCUUAUCUGUAUGAAGUUUUAUUCAGUUUUCCAACUCCUGUAAAGCUGCUAAACCCUGUAACUUUUGCAUGACAUGCAAAAGGAGAGACCUUCUAUAGUAAGUGCAUUACUGUAAACUGAUUUUUGCUUGUUUUUACAAACUGAGGGAUGAAAUUAUUUGAAAUGCAGCUGAACCUUCACUACUGUAUGAACGACAUCAGUAAUGAUUUCCCAGUGUUCAUUUCACUUCAUUCGGUUUAGUUCCCAAGGACACUUCCACCCGUGAGAAAUAGCAUUUUUGUCAGUUUUAUAGAUGUUCAGUUACCAAAUGAAAAUUUGGAAUUGUUUACAUCAUUUCGAAUGUCAUCAAUUAGACAAAACAACACUGAAAAUGCAACUGGCUCGUGGCUCAUGAUGUUACAAAAUUCAACUGUUUUCAAAAAUCCAUUUGUGUGCACUUUGA